AUGCGGUUAUCUGAGGAAGCUCUAUUUGAACGACAGCUGCUAAAUAUCGAAAGAGAAGUACUCAAAGCUAUAUUGAGGUUAUUUUUAACAUUGUUGAUGGCACCAUCGAUGAGUAGAACUAUCACAAUCGAGAGGCAUGACAAGACUGUUCAUAUAUUUAAGGGUAAUACAUACUUUAUUGCACAUGCAUGUCCUGAGCGUUUGAGGUGUUUUUGUGCACAAAUAUGUAUUCGAACAUUGUACAACGAUAUUUUCUCUGAAACUGAGAACUUUCCUAUUAAUGCCUUUCAAACCCAGACAAAGACUUUCACUGAAAGAGGCACAUUAGGUCAAGCAAAACAAUUACUUUGGGCAACUAGGGAUGAUACACUUGGAUGCGGGACAAAUAUUUGCAACCAUUUAUUAAGUAUGUUUCGUACAAUGAAAUCUGUAUUGCCUUCACUUAUUGAUGCUUUCAUCUAUAAUGUUACAUUAAGAAAGGUCAUUUUGCAUAGUGAUAAUUUCUAUGAGCUGAAUCUAAGUACAGACGGAAUAUACAGUAUUACCGAAGAAUUGCUAUUGACGGUUGGGAAAUCGCCACAUGUUCAUCUUCCUCCCGUGUUACUGGAGCACUGUCCAAAACCGCUCUAUGAUAAGAAGCUGCUCUUUAUGUCAAGGGCGAGCAUUCAAUCAGUCAAAAGCCCGCUUUACAAAGUUCAAUGUGUUUCUGAUAACGUUAAAAGGAACUCCGGUAUUGACACUAACUUAAUUUUCCGUUUCUGGAAUGAUGAAGGUUGGGAUGGGGACAGGUUCGACUGCCAUUUUGAGGAUAUAGCACUUUGA